AAAAAAGGGACGAUAUGAUGUGUAUAUCACAAUUUCUAUUAAGCAAAUAACAGUCUCAUUCACUGAACCACGUACCUAAAUUUUUAAAGUUUUAUUUGUCCUCGCAUAUAAAUUCUCGCAGACCCAAGAAUAAUCUCAUUCACAACACCACAUGCCGAACUUCCCGAAAUUUCAUUGGUCUGUCACAUGUAAAUUCUCAAAGUUCUGUCACUUUAGCAUAUAAUUUUAUUUCUAAAUCGACUUCUUUUAAGUCCCAAGUCUUCUACUACAAAAUUUCGUCAAUGGAAAGUGAAGGUGAAAAAAGAAAACCAAAUAACAACGACGUCGUUUCGACGUCCGCUACGAAGAAGCCGAAGGAGGAAACGGAAGAGUUAACGGAGGAAGUAGCGGAAGGGGAAGUGGAAGAAUUCUUCGCGAUUCUACGAAGAAUACAAGUUGCCGUUAAAUAUUUCAAUAGAGUUGACGGAGCUAGCUCUAGUGGACGGAAAAUGACGGAGGAGAUUGAUCAAAAACUCUCCGAUGAAAUCAUCGGAGAUAAUGAAGACAUGAAAGAGAAAGAAAAAGAAAAAAAUGUUGAAGAAAAUAGUAAAGGUUUUGAUCUUAAUAUAGAGCCAUAUAAUAAUCCUCAUGAUGAUCAUGAGAGUAAUUCAAGUUAGAUUAUAUAUAUUUUUUAGGUUUUAUCGUCGUGUAAUUAAUAUUGUAAUCAUUUUUAAUAAUAACAUGUUAUUUGAAAUUUACUAAUUCAAUUAUAUCUAUUCUGGAUUUUAACUUUG